UUCUUUCUAGAUAUAACUAACCUAACGACUUACGUGUACGAGCAGCUACGGGAAUGUUUGGUAUUUGGCGUACAUUAUGACGGGUCUGGUGUUGUAUGAUUUUUGAUUUUUGAUUUUUUUUUCUUACACGAGGAGUCAUAUUGCCACGUCUUGGUUAGGAGGUUAAUAUUUAAUAAUUAUUGAUAAAAUACUUUAAGUAGUUUACUUAACUACCUGAUCAUUCAUCUCUUUGUCUUGGUCUUGGUGGUGCUUCUUCUCUUACCCCGACGUCUUGUGUUUCCUAGGUCUCCGCUGGCCCGUUUCUUUUUCAAGUCAUCUGCCCUUUCACUCGCUUGCUUGUUUACAUACACACUCACUCACUCACUCAUUCUUCAACAUACAUACUUCCCUCGUUCCGGCUACGAUGAAGAUCCGAUUCAAGGCUCCCUCGGGUGGAGGAACCCUGGAACUCGACGAUGCCUCCACAGUCGACCAGCUCCUCGAAUCUAUCAAGUCGAGCACCGGCUUCGCUGACGUCACUGUCAAGUAUGGCUGGCCCCCCAAGGCUCUAACCCCCGAUCAGGCCCAGCUCUCGGCGCAAUCUCUAGGCCUUCAUAGAGAGAACCUCACUGUCGUCCCCAAGGAAGAUGCUUCCGCCACCGCUGCCGCCGCGCAGAAUACACCGCCUGUCCCAGAACCCGCCGCAACCACCACGCCCCCCGCGGCGGCUCUCCCCGGCCUCCAGUCUUCGCUUCAGGGCAAGGAGAAAAGCAAAGGCCAGGGUAUCAAGGACCAGAACAUCAGCGUCGCCAUGCCGGAAACCGGCUCGACUCUAGUCCUCCGCGUCAUGCCCGACGACAACAGCUGCCUCUUCACCGCCGUCGGCGGCGCCCUUCGCGGCCUGCGCUCCGGCCCCGACGAGUCCUUCACCGCCGACUCCCUGCGCCGGCUAGUCGUCGAGCACAUCCGCGCGAACCCCGAAAAAUACAGCGCCGUGAUCCUCGGCAAGCAGCCCGAGUCCUACUGCGCCAACAUGCUGCGGCCCGACACCUGGGGCGGCGAGAUCGAGCUGGCCAUCAUCUCGGAGGUCUUCCAGCUGGAGAUCUGCGUCAUCGACGUCAAGACGGGCACCGUGUACCGCGUCGGCGAGGGCAACGGGUACCCCAUGCGCUGCGUCCUGGUCUACUCCAACGUGCACUACGACCGCGUCGCCGAGAUCUUCGUCGAGGGCCAGGAGGUCAUGGAGUUCGACGUGACGCGCUGGGCCGCGGACGAGAGCAGCGAUCACAUCAUCGCGCACGCGCAGGAGAUGUGCCGGAAGCUGAAAGACGAGCACCAUUAUUACACGGAUACCUCCGACUUCGUCAUCAUGUGUAACGAAUGUGGUUGGGUCGGCCAGGGUCAGAAGGCUCUUGCGAAGCACUCCCUGAGCACCGGACACUCGAAUAUCAGCGAGAUCAAGGAUACCGGCGCAUAGACGACGGUUACCUAUACUUUUACUACGACUAGUGGGAGGGUUGGGUCCGUCAGGUCAUUAUAGCAGGAAUUCUCGUGUACAUAGUAUGAUAUACGGAUGCCGAAUGCGCAGUCCGCGGAGAGUUAGAGAUGGAUACCCUUACUCGAGAGGAAGAGCGGCGAAAGACUCGAACGAGACUCACGAUCGGUCAUGCUUCAUACCUACCUAUAAAUAAGUCCAAGGCCUACCUCUAUAUUGGUUUGAUGCUUAGCAUUAGAGAAUUACAUUUCCCACACCCAAUGAUACCAAUGAUGACGUUUGCGUAAUA